AUGAUGAAAUUGUUCCUUCUCGUUAUUGCCGCUCUCUUCGCUGUGGCGAUGGCUGUGCCCACACCUGUAGCCGGACCCAAUCCCGAGCCCAAUCCACAAUGGGUUUAUGGCGGUUACCCAGCUGUUGCCUCAUAUCCAUACGUGUACUACGGUUAGGAUGAAGAGAAAGCGGACUUUCGAUUCUUCUUCUUGUUAACUUUGACUCGGUUAUGGCUUUGGUACAAGGAUUUCUCGGCAUGACAAUUUCAAAUAUGGAUGUAAAAGCAGUGUUUUAAAUUAAGGGUGUCGCGGGUUUUAUAGUUUUUUGUUUUUUUUAUAAAUAUUUUGUUAAUAAAAAUUAA